UUUGUUUUUCUUUCUUCAACAAAAAAAAAUUGAUCUAUGUAAUUCUCAAAUUUGGUUGAUUUACACAGAAUGGCCCAGUAUGAAAUAAGUAAGAUUAAAAGUGCAUAACAGCCAGAAUACAAAAACAAAAUUUCCCUUUUAUCAGGUCUUGUUGUGCAACCUCAGGUUUUGCAGAGCAGAGCUGUAAACUCUUUAAGCAACUCAUUUGUUAAUCAGCAACAAAGUGAUAUGGAAGACCAACAGCAGACCUGGUGUGAGAGUCUCCCCAGCUUUCAAGCUCCAGUGCGUGUUUCUCAGCCAGACCAUCAAGGAGACGGUUGGAGUGUUGAUCCACCUAACACACAAGACCACACCUUUUCUGUCAUGAGACCCUCAGGGGACCACCUUGGAAGAACGCAGACGACUGUAGGCAUCUCUCAGGCAGACCAUCACGGAGCCGGCUGGAGUGUUCAUCCACCUAACACACAAGAGCACACCUUUUCUGUCCUGAGACCCUCAGGGGACCACCAAGGAAGAACACAGACGACACUGGGCAUCCCUCAGGCAGACCAUCACGGAGCCGGCUAUGGUGUUGAUCCACCUAACACACAAGAGCACACCUUUUCUGUCCUGAGACCCUCAGGUGGCCACCAAGGAAGAGAACAGAGUACUUCUGGCGUGAGACAGGAAAAUCCAGUCUUGCGUCUGGUUCCAAAUCAAUGUACAUCUGUAGAAAGGGCCAUUCUAGAAACACUAGAGAAAAUGGACAUGAAGAUAAACCACCUGACUUCACUGGUCCAGUCUCUAGUGGGAAACAGGCGCUUUUUACCCCCAGUGGCAGAGCAAAAUGAGGAGGAAGAUGGAAUCUUUCCUCUUGCAUCCACUGAGGAUCUAGACCGACUGGAGCAAAGUCUGUCAGACAGAGGUUUUAUGCAGAGAAUGGUGAACAGAUUAUCCAUCAGCGGCGGGCCAAAUAUGAAGAAGACCGUCUGGAGAAUCUGCUCCAAGGUGUUCAGCACCAACGUCGCCCGCCAACUUAACUGGUGUGGGAGAGGAGACAAGCGGGGGAUAAGAAAAUCGAAUAUCGGGUCUCUACUAACCGCUUCAGCCAUGAGGAAUCCCGUCCUGCCGUCACCAACGGAAGCAGAGGCGGAGAAAUAUAUCAAAGAUUUCCUCCACUUGGCCCCAGGGAGGGUGUAA